CUCGACGUCAUCAAGAGAAAUUAAAGAUGGCCGACGGCCAGUCAGUGCUAGGUGGCGAAAGUUAGCUAAACGCGUUGGUAAAAUCUGCGACCCUCUUAGUCUUUGCUGCGGGUAUUUGAACUUUGUCGCGUGCUUUAACUGUAGAAUUAUAUUUGGGAACAGCUCAUCCAUUAAAUGGAGCUUCAAGUUGAGUGUGUUUGUCCGUAAAAGGCCUCACUAAACCGGACAUUAGCCCGCAGUGUUAGCCGCGUUAGCAGACCAGCGCCUGCUUUUGUUUUUGUAUGGUUAACGUUAACGUUAUGCGCUACAAGGCUGGCGUCGGGAAGCCACGUUAACCUUUUAUAUUUCGCCCUUUUCUUGGUUUAGUUGUGAACUGGACUUGUAGCUGUUUAAGCGGCUUGCCUGCAGAGGUUGUAGUUGUGUAUUGGGGGGUGGGGUCCUGCCCGUCUUGCAGCGUGUUGGCAGGGCUGUUUAUUUGAUGCCAGCUUCGCAACAAAGCCACACUUAAACCAGAAAACGGACUCGCCUGUUUGGGAACAUUACGAGAACAUGGAUUCAAAGCGCUCACAUGGGAAACCUCAGACUACCAGGCGCGGCGGAGGCGGCAGCAGCAGCAGCGGCAGCAGCGGCGACUCCAGCUGCGGCAGCCCCGCGUCCCCCUCCAGCAGACCCGCCUCGGCGGCGAGCAGUGCCCCGCUGCCCGGGGGAAACGCGUUCGCUAACGACGGCAGCUUCAUGGAGAUGUUCAAGAAGAAGAUGGAGGAGGAGAAGAGGAAAAAGGAGACCCAGCAAACAGGUGGAGAGGAGAGAAGAGCCACCACCGAGCAAGGACAGACAUCAGUGGAAAAGAAGCCCCCUCCCGUGACCAGCUUUGUAAGGGGUUUGGCAGUUGUGGGGAAGCGCAGAGGUGGUGUGUUCCUAAAGACCGGCAUGGUUGCGAAGAAGCAGAAAGACGACUCAGAAGCGGAGCCAGGCAAGAGCGAUGCUUGGUCAAAGUACAUGGCUGAGGUAAAAAAGUACAAAGCCCACCAGUGUGGUGACGACGAUAAGACCCGGCCUCUGGUCAAGUAGGUCUCCGAAAGGCCGACGUGACGCGACAAUGUUUUGAGGGGGCGACCAUCUGGGAGAAGCUCCGGGAGGGCCGGCUAAUCCUGACCUUCUCAUACUGCCAGUUCAAGCUCCCCUUCACAUCAAGUCUCUCACAAACUGCUUAGAUUGACAGCCCUUUUCUCCUUUUUGUAUUGUUUUCGUCUUGCUUUGGUAUUUGUUGGACUCCGGUAAUCUAAAGUCCAAAGGUGUUUCGUAGACCUGCCGUUCAUUAUUGGUCAUUAUUAAAUGUUUUCACAUUUUGUCAUGUCUGGGUUAAGUUAGGUUUCAUUAGUAGUUGGGUUUGAUUUAAUAGCCAAAUCAAGGUGACAAUUAAAUCUACACUGCCCAUUAA